AGUCGAAAGAUGGUUAAGUUGGGCAUCGUGUCUUCCCCUCUGCCAAUUUCACAAUAGCUCAUCCUAGUCAUACAGGUGGUUCUAGCGAUUGUUCAAUAUGCAGUUUUCAAGUCUUGCGCUGGUGCUGCUGAGGAAGGCAUUGCUUGCUUCUGGCCAAGACCUCCCUGAUAUACCGUCGAUUGCACCCAGACAAUUCCACUCCAUCACCUUAACUACGUCUGGUCAAAAGCCACCAACUACAUCAAGUUCCACAUCUACUUCAUCAACAUCCACGACAAGCCUAACAUCAUCCACUACAACGAGAUCAAUGUCUUCGGCUUCGUCCGGCACGGGUUACGACUUGGUUGUUAUCGAAAUCUUCACUCAGCCUACAGGUUGCGAUGGAGGGUUCACCGCGGUGCCAUCAGAUACGGACGUGCUCUGGUAGAAUAUCAUGACGCCCGUACCGACUGAGACUGUGACAUCUUGUUACCCGCCUCAGUUCUAUGCCAGCGCCUUAGCCACUAUUUCGCUGCCUCCGUUUCAGCAGUUGGUCUGCCCUUACAAGUUGCAGACUAUUGAUGUCAACUCUA